AUGACCAAAAAUAGACUUUCUCAUCAUGCAUCAUCAUUGUCAUCCUCUAGCAACAACACAAACACCAACCGAACCGUUCAUAUAGGAAACAUUCCAAGUGUGAUCACCAUAGAAGCAUUGCAAAAUAUAUUUUCAAAAUAUGGGGAAAUUACAAAUAUUAAAUUAGCAGGAGAUCCAUCCUACUCUAAACGAUUUGCAUUCAUCGAGUAUGCGGAGCCAUAUCAGGCUAAAUCAUCGUUGUGUUUGGAUGGAACUGAAUAUUUAGGACAAGUAUUGAAAAUUUCUCUCGCCAAACACGAUUUUAAUAGUCGGCAACAUCAACGAUCAUCAUCCUUGACAAAUCAAAGCAAUAAUAACAAAAACAGAACUCAUCACAGAACGAGUAGUGAGUUUUCAACAGACUCGGAUGUUUCAUCCACAACAUCAUCCAUUAAUAUUUCAUCACUAACGGCAUCAUUACCCCAAAUAUCCAACAAUCAUUGUAAUAAUAAUAACAACAACAAUAACUCGUUGAUUCAUUCAUCUAAAAAGAAUGCCGUAAAUCAUCAUCCAAUGCAUCAAAUAUCUCCAUUGACCACAGCAACAAAUUCCACCUCUUCAUCGACCACAGCAGAUGGAGCGAGCAACAAUAGCAACAAUAACGAUAGUAAUAAUAAUAAUAAUAAUAACAUUCAGAAUUCUGAGAAUACAACACAACACAUCCACCAUCCACAAAUCAUUAACACUCACACAUCCACUAAAAAGAAAUCACAUCUUCACACCACUUUGAGCAAUAACAUGGUCAUUCCACAGGAUGAAAUGAGUGUCACUUCAUCUCCUCUUGUAACUUCCAUGUUCUUGGCUAGUCCGACUCCUUCCAGCCCAUCUUCCAUGUUCAUUGGUUUACCUUUAACACAACCCAUUGUUGCAGAACAAAAUAUGGUUGCAAGAACUGUUCAUAUAUCAGGCAUUGAUAGUGCAUUUACUGAAGAUGAAUUAUUAGAUUAUUUUGGAGUUUAUGGUGAUAUUACAAACUAUAGAUUGUGCAACAAUGAUCAAAUUUCUACAAAUUCUAAUAAUCAACAUUCAACAAAAUUUGCAUUUAUUGAAUAUGCUAGAGCUGAUCAAGCACUUAAAGCUCUCCUGGUAAAUGGAACCAUGUGGGGAAAAUCAAAAUUGAAAGUUUCACAUUCUAAAACAGCAAUUCAAACUCCACCAAAAAAAUCAUUGAUUGAUAAGCAAUAUAGAGAUUUAAUUGAGAGAACGAUUCAUAUUGGUGGAAUUGAUGUCAAACUUUCACAAGAUAGUGUUAAAGCAUUCUUUGAAGAGUUAUGUGGAACUGUUCAUAGAAUUGCAAUGGCAGGAGAUACUGAAUCCUAUGAAACAAGGUUUUGUUUUAUUGAAUUUGAAGACAAACAAUCUGCGUUGAAAGCAUUGAGAUUAACAGGAUGUACAAUAGCUGGAAGUGUAAAACAAAUUAAGGUAAGCCCAUCAAAGUCACCCAUUGGAUACUCGAAGAACAAGUUGAUGAUGAUUGGAAUUGGUAGUGGAUCUGAUCCAUCACCUCCAUCUCCACUUCAUCAUCAAUUGAAUCAAUUACACUUGAACUCACACACUCCAUCUUCAUCACACUCUUCUUCGAACACAAGUGCAACAUUGAUUCAUGCACAUCACCACCACCAUCCUCACAACACUCACCACUUAACAUCUACACCAACCACUCCUGGAAAUGCUACUUUUGCUAACACAGGACUAGUCCCAUUAGGUCAUUUGGCCAUUCCAGCGAAUCUUGCUCAGGCUGCCACAACGAAUAAUUUGGCACUCUUUCCAACCACCACCACCACCACUUCCUCCGUUACUACUAAUGUUGGUAAUUCCACAACCUCCACACAGUCUCAAAAUUCAAGCAAUUCUGCCACGACGAGCACUGCAACCACAACAACACCUCAAUCGUUUCCAACCAUUUUUCCAUUUGCUCCUUGGGCUUAUACAGCAAAUACCACUGCAGCACUCGCCAAUCAAGGUAGUAUUGAUCCGUCAUCACAAGGGUUCUUUUCAUAUCCACAAAUGCAAAUGAUACAUCCACAAUAUUACUUCUACACAACCACACCUACAAUGACAUAUGGAGCUCUUGCUCUCCCAACAAAUUCAUUUAACAACACUGCCACAUCAUACAAUCUUGUGACCACUUCCACCCAGGAAACACAUACAACAGAUCAAGACGACACAGACACUGACAAUGUAAAACGAAAGAGAGAUCAGCAUGAAUCUUUUGAUGAGUCCUCCAACGUUCUCUAUCAAAAGAAGCUCAAAGAUAAAUAA